CGCCCUGAGGAAGUGUGCUGAAGACAAUCAAAAGUGCUUCAGUCCCAUGGCAGUUAACACUGUUCUGCACCAUUUCUACGUAGAUGAUUGUUUGGUGUCUGUCGGCUCUGAGGAGGAAGCAAUAUCUUUAUGUCGAGAGCUUAGUGCCUUGUGUGCUGAAGACGGUUUUAAGCUUACAAAAUGGACUAGUAACCGACGCACUGUUCUCGCUACUAUUCCUCAGGAGGAGUGCGCCAAAGAGGUGAAAGAUCUGAAUUUGAAUGCCGAUGCUUUGCCUGUGGAGCAUGCCUUGGGUGUACAGUGGUGUGUCCAAUCUGACUCAUUCAAAUUUAAAAUCAUACUUAAAACCCACCCACUCACAAGGAGAGGAAUCUUGUCUGUGACUAGUUCAAUUUACGACCCUCUUGGUUUCUUGGCACCUGUUGUUUUAUCCGCCAAGAAAAUCCUCCAAGAUCUUUGCAGGAGACGUCUGGGAUGGUAUGAUCCUUUGCCCUCUUCUGUUGCUGGGGAAUGGAUGGCUUGGCUGGAAGACCUUCAUGGCCUUGAAAAUUGGGAGGUCAGUAGGUGUUUAAAACCUGUGGACUGUGGUCGUCUUGUCUCUGCUCAGCUCCACCACUUUGCAGAUGCAAGUGAAGAAGGGUUUGGGACUGUGACUUACCUGUUAGUCCAUGAUGAUAGCGGGUGUACUCACAGUGCAUUUGUAAUGGGAAAGGCACGAGUAGCUCCUCUAAAACUUGUCACUAUUCCCCGCAUGGAGCUGACUGCUGCAGUGGUGGCUAGCAGAAUGGACAAAUUGUGGAGGAAGGAGCUUCAAAUGGACCUUCAAGAGUCUGUCUUUUGGACGGACAGCACUUCUGUUUUGAAAUAUAUAAAGAACGAGACGUCCAGAUUUAUCUUCAUAGCAAACAGAGUGUCUGAAAUAUUGAAAAUGUCUAACGUAUCCCAAUGGAGGUACGUGAACACAUUAACCAACCCUGCGGAUCUAGCCUCCAGAGGUGUUAAAGUUCAGUUAUUGUUAAAGACUGGUGCAUGGCUCUGUGGUCCUGAUUUUCUUCACGAGCACGAGAGCAGGUGGCCUGAAAACCCUGAGGCCAUGGAAAACUCUCUUGUUGACGACCCGGAGGUCAAGGUUGUGAUGGUGAACGCUGCUCAGGUUGAGCAGGACAGUCCAUUGGAGAAGCUCAUUGAUUACUUUUCCUCCUGGCACCGUCUAAAAAGAGCUGUCGGUUGGUUUCUCAAGUUUAAGACCUCGCUUUUGUCUCUGGUGCGACAUCGAAAGCUGCUGAGAAAAACCCUGUCAGAAUUGGACCAAAGUGCUGAACAGUUGGAAAGAGAGCUACAGGUCCGAAUGGAGGAAGUCAGGGCUCAAGUGCCAAUGGGUGUCCUGUCCGUGGAGGAUAUGGUUGUAGCUGAGUCAGAUAUUAUCCGUUUUUGUCAGAAAAUAAGGUUUCCAGAAGAGUUGGCCAACUUGAAGAAAGGAGAGUGUGUAAGAAAGACGAGUCACCUCUACAAGCUUAACCCGAUCCUGGAUGGUGAUCUCAUUAGAAUUGGAGGAAGGCUUAGUAGAGCAGCUAUGCCGGUUGAAGCAAUACAUCCAGUUAUCCUGGCUAAAGAUCAACAUGUCUCCACUCUCAUUCUCCGUCAUGUACACCAGGAAACAGGUCAUGGUGGGCGUAACCACAUGCUUUCUCAUCUGCGUCAGAAGUAUUGGGUUCCUGGUGCUUGUGCUGCCAUCAGAAAAGUUUUGACUAAGUGCGUCAUCUGUCGUAGAUUGUCUGCUUCACCUGGACAUCAGAAAAUGGCCGACCUUCCUCAGAACAGAAUAACUCCUUAUGAACCGCCUUUCAGUCGAGUUGGUUUGGACUGCUUUGGACCGUUUGAGGUUAAACGUGGAAGGGCUGUGGUCAAGAGGUAUGGGUUAAUUUUUACAUGCUUGGCGAUGAGAGCUAUACACCUCGAAGUUCUUUCAUCUUUAGACACAGACUCCUUCAUCAAUGGUUUCAGAAGGUUUGUGGCGAGACGUGGUCAAGUCCUGGAAAUCUGUUCGGAUAAUGGUACUAACUUUGUGGGCGCUGAACGUGAAUUGAGGAAGGCCAUUGAGAAUUUGAAUCACAACCUCAUAAAUGACGUAUUGCUACUAAAGAGUGUGAAAUGGGUUUUUAAUCCUCCAGCAGCAUCACACCAUGGAGGUGCUUGGGAAAGGCUGAUAAGGUCAGUCCGUAAAGUGCUAAACUCAAUUUUGAAGACUCAGACCUUGGACGAAGAAAGCUUGGUGACAGUGUUUUGUGAAGCGAUUGUCAAUGGCCGUCCAUUAACGAAAGCGUCGACAGAUCCUCAAGAUUUGGAGGCAUUGACCCCUAACCAUCUUCUUCUGCUGAAAUCGCAGCCGUUGUUGCCUCCCGGGUUGUUCGAGAAGGAAGACGUUUAUGCUUGUCGUCGCUGGAAACAAGUACAGUAUAUGUCGGACUUGUUCUGGAAGCGCUGGGUGAAGGAGUACCUUCCUGGACUUCAGGAGCGCCAGAAGUGGAAUACUGUCAAAAGAAACUUUGUUCCAGGAGAUCUCGUGGUGCUGGUGGAUGAUAUGGCACCUCGCAAUACUUGGAUUAUAGGAAGAAUUGUGGAUGACACCUUUUUGACACCUGACACUUUUUGACACCUGAUUGCAGACACCUGUUGCACACCUGAUUGCAUCGCUGCCGGCGGCUAGUUUGUAUCCUCUGACACUUGCUUCACAUCACAUUUGUUCCUGGUCUAAAUAUUAGUGUAUUUUACUAUAGUUACCUAUCAUUGUCGUUGCCGAAUUAUUUAUAACUUUAUUUUCUAAAUCUAUAUUAAUUGAAGCGUAACGCCGCUAGCAUAUUAGCGUGUUAGCUUGCCUUCUGUUUACAGUGUGGAAUAUCAUCUCCCCCUAUUUGUCUUGUGUGCUAACUGUUUCUCUUUUUAAGCGUAUAUACUAAGACUCAUCAAGCAACCUUGGUAAAUUAGGAUUGCACUUCAUACCCGGUUACCGCAGGAUGCAGUUCAUGCCCAGACCUGAUGGCAGAGCUGAGAAUGGGAAGCGGUGACCUGACAAGUGCUAAGAGGAUAGAGCUGGAUAAAGGACGCGACAACUUUGUUUUUCCUACAACAUUUCAAAUGCUAUUAGAUUGUUAAUGAUAAUCUUUAAUCCUUAAUUUUUAUAUUUUUAUUAAGCCUUGUUGUGCAAGCACUGUUGAGCUUGUGCAGAGGCAGCAGCUUUUGCCAGAGGGGAACUGGAAUCCCCUGGUUGUGCCUGGGUUCCCCUGAGGUUUUUUUUCUCGAUGGGAGUUUUGGGUUCCUCACCACCGUUUGCAUAUUGUUUUGCACUAUCUGCCUGGCCGGGGGGGCUGCUUUAGAAUUCAUACUUGUAUUAAAUGUGUCUCAUGUACAGCUGCUUUGUAACAAUGAACAUUGUAAAAAGCGCUAUAUAAAUAAAGUUGA